AUGGAGGAACAGGUAGCGAAUGCAAUUGAAAUUGCCUCCAAUCCUCAUCCCGACCUCGCCCUCAAAUCUCAAGCUUUCGAAUUCCUCAAUCAACUCCGUUCCGAUCCCUCCGGCUGGCCAGUCUGCCUGCGACUUUUCCUCAAAUCCCCCCCACAGUCCGAGAUUGUUCGACAUGCAAGCUUGGAGGUCAUCAACAGUGCUGCCCAGACGGGGCUGAUCGACCCGGACUCGCUGGCUUAUGUCCGUGAUGAAUUGAUGACCUAUGUUCGGAGUGUGUACGGCCCCGAGAGCGCUACGACCCCCGAUGCACCUUAUAUCCAGAAUAAGCUCGCUCAGACGGUCACCUACCUUUUCUCCGGACUCUACGCCGGCCGUUGGGAGACUUGCUUCGAUGACCUGUUGAGUCUGACGUACAAGAGCUCGGCAAGCACGGGCCGCGACAACCUGAACGGCAUUCUUUUCUACCUGCGGGUGGUCAAUUCGAUCCACGAGGAGAUUGGGGAUGUGCUGGUGUCAAGGUCGCGCGGCGAGCAGGACAAGGCGAACAGUCUGAAGGACCUGAUCCGAGAACGGGACAUGCAGAAAAUCGCGAAUUCGUGGCAGGAAAUUCUCUCUGCAUGGCGAGACGCCGACGACACUGUGGUGGAAUUGUGUUUGAAGGCAGUCGGUAGUUGGGUCAGCUGGAUCGACAUUGGUCUGGUCGUCAACCAGACCAUGUUGGACUUGCUCUUCCAGCAGUUGGGCCUUCGCGAUGCUGCCGUGGAUGUAUUCACCGAGAUCAUCGGCAAGAAAAUGAAGCCUGCCGAUAAGAUCGAAAUGAUCAUCUUCCUCAACCUCGACUCGAUCGUCACCCAAUUGUCCAACAGCCCACCUCUGCGAGAAAGCCGUUUCACUUACAAGUACGAUGUCGAUCUUGCCGAGACGGUCGCCAGGCUCGUCAACAUCACCGUCCAGGAUAUCGUCCGUGCUCUCGAGACCGACACGGGUCCAGUGAAGGAAAAGGCAAGCGACCUCCUUCAAGUCUUCCUCCCUCACAUCCUCCGAUUUUUCUCCGACGAAUACGACGAGAUUUGCUCCACGGUCAUUCCCUGCGUCAACGACAUGCUCGCCUAUAUGCGCAAGGUGGCCAAGGACGACGCAGCCUUGCAAGCGCGCAACAAGUCUAUUCUGUUGCCCGUUCUCAAGGCUAUCGUGGCCAAGAUGCGAUACGACGAAACCUCCAACUGGGGCGAUGAGGAUGAACAGACCGACGAGGCGGAGUUCCAAGAACUUCGGAAGAGACUGGGUGUUCUGCAGCAGAUCAUCGCCUCGGCGGACGAGCAAUUAUACAUCGAUGCCAUCUCAGAAGUAGUGGGCACCACUUUCGAGAAACUGCGAGCCUCUGGUGGCCAGAUUGACUGGCGCGAUCUGGACUUGGCUCUGCACGAGAUGUUCCUCUUUGGUGAUCUUGCUGUCAAGGCUGGUGGAUUAUACAGCAAGGGCCAACCCAACGGACCCGCUGCUGUGCGACUGAUUGAGAUGAUGCUCGGCAUGGUCGAGUCGGACAUUCGUUCAUUCACACACCCGGCGACUCAGCUCCAGUAUAUGGAAAUCUGUGUUCGGUAUAGCUCCUUCUUCCAGAGCCACGUGCAGCUUAUUCCCGGGGUGCUUGAGAGCUUCCUCCAGUUGGUUCAUCAUCCCAACCGCAAGGUCAAGACGCGCUCCUGGUAUCUCUUCCAACGACUUGUCAAGCAACUGCGUGGUCUCAUUGGCAACGUAGCACAGACGGUUGUGGAAGCGUUGGGCGACCUUCUUGUCAUUCAAGCCGAGCUCCCCUCGGAGGGCGAGGACGGCGAUGAAAUGUCUUCGGAAGAUCACGAAGGCUCCGCAGAUGCAGUGUUCAAUAACCAGUUGUAUCUCUUCGAGGCUGUUGGUGUGAUCUGCUCCACCAACAGCGUGCCCGUGGAUAAGCAAGUCCUCUACGUUCAGUCCGUCUUGAACCCCAUCUUUGCCGAUAUGCAGCGAAAUCUCGAAGCGGCCAAAUCCAAUGAUGAGAGGGCGCUGUUGCAGAUCCAUCACGACAUCAUGGCUCUGGGCACCUUGACUCCGGCCAGCAGUACCCCAGUCGCUGUCCCGGCGCCCGAAGUCUCCGAAUGUUUCUGUCAGGUGGCCGAGGCGACUCUGGUCGCUCUCGAGUCUCUCAAGGCAUCUUUCAACAUUCGCACCGCAGCUCGAUUUGCCUUCUCCCGGUUGAUCAGCGUUCUUGGCGCGCGCAUUUUGCCUCAACUGCCUCGUUGGAUCGAUGGACUGCUGACUCAGACUUCUACGCGGGACGAGAUGGCUCUGUUCUUGCGCCUGUUGGAUCAAGUGAUCUUUGGAUUCAAGGGCGAGAUCUAUAACAUUCUUGACGCACUUUUGACUCCUUUCCUUCAACGUGUCUUUUCUGGUCUCGGCGAGACCACGACGGGGACUGAUGACGAAAUUCAAUUGGCUGAGCUGAAGCGCGAGUAUCUCAGUUUCUUGCUGGCUGUUUUGAAUAAUGAUUUGGGCGCGGUGAUUAUCAGCGAGAGGAAUCAACCUCUUUUCGAUACCGUCAUCACCACGAUCGAGCACUUUUCCAAAGACAUUGAAGACUUUACCACCGCCAAGAUGGCAUUCUCUGUCCUUUCCAGAAUGGGCAGUGCCUGGGGUGGACCCGACGUCGCUCCGGGCGCCACCAACGGUGCUGCGCCUACUCAGGCGGCCAUUCCUGGGUUCGGCGGAUUCAUGAUCACUCGAUUCUCGCCUCUUUGCUGGGCGCUCCCGACUACACCCAACUUCAACUCGAAGGAUGCUCUCGCCAAGCAGGUCCUCGCCGAAGCGGGCGGCCUGCAAAGGACCAUCUACCUCAAGACCGGAAUGGAAUAUGUGGAGUACUUGCGGACUCGGGAACUCCCCGGCAUGGGUAUGGGGGGUGAUUUGAUUGAAGAAUUCUUGACGGCUUUGAGUCAGCUGGACACAAAGGGAUUCCGGCAAUUCUUCCCCGUAAGUUUUGAUCAACACUGA